CCGUUUGCGAUUUGGGAUAAUAAAUCGUAUCAAAAUGAAAUUUCACAAUUAUUAGAAAAAGAUGUUGUGACGUUUAAAGCGGAUAUUGCAAACAGUGAUCCUGGAAAAAGUGCUAUCAAAUUUAAUAAGAUAGGAAUUCAUUUUAGAACAUUGGAUCCUAGCUUGCAAAAUGAUUUAGAAAAGAAACUGGAUUUUUUUGAAAUUAUCAUAAUGCAUCUAGGAAAUUCGUAUUAUCGAUGA